GAAACGUGUAAACAAAGGAUUCAAUACAUUCCGACAAGCAUACCGAGUGAGCAUUGAAUGGUUUCAUCAAAACAUUAUCAGAAGCGAUACAUUUAAUCGUGCCUCUACACAGCUUAGUGAUCGUGACAAUAGAGCCGUUUUCAGGAAGUGAGUUAUUAGUGAGAAGAGCAACUAAAAUGAAAUUCACGAAGACAGAGACGGAAUACAACAUGAAAUCUAUAAGAUUUCUGUUGUUGACCAUCACCACAAUGUUUAUAAUAAUAGCUAUUUUGAUGAUAGUUCUAGGAUUUUCCGUGUACUCUCAAUAUCACAGUUUCACUUAUUUCUACGAUAGCACCAAGAAUGGAAUUGUCUUCACUCCUUCAGUCCUCAGUAUUAUACUCGGCAUAUUUUUGUUCGUAGUUACAUUGUUUGGUUUCUUUGGCAGUUUGAAACAAAGCACAUGCUUGGUCAAUAUGUACGCCCUUAUCCUGACUUUAUUGCUGAUUUUGAAACUGGUUGUGGUUAUACUAACAUUCACAUUAAAACCUGAAACAUUGAGGAAUUAUAUCUACAUACCCGUCUCUAGCUACGUGUCAGACAAAGAGAUUGAAAUGGAAAUUGAUCGAUUACAGAAUACUCUCAAUUGUUGCGGAGCUAAUUCGUAUUUAGACUACGUGGGUAUGGACUUCACCAACCAGUCCACCGCGGUUAUCACCACUCGGAUAAACGGCGAUGAAAUGGAACUGAUCGUACCAGAGAGCUGUUGUUCCCCGCGAGUUGAGUUCUGCACCGCCGCGAGGUCUAACAGUUGCAAGACAGCGAUCAUCAAUCUGUUCGUCCAGAACGCUAGUGUCAUCGGAGUGAUGGGAAUAUCGGUUAUGUUUAUUCAAGUUCUCGGUAUAAUAUUCGCACUCCUACUAGCGAGAUGCAUUCGGAAGAUGAAAAGUGAGAGAACAUUUCUCUCGUGGAAAAUCAAAGAGCAGAUGAUUUUGGCGCGCGAAGAGGAGGAAAGCACAAAGGAAACUCAGGAUACCGUCCGGGAAUCAAACCCGGACCCCAUGAGCGGCGUCUACAUCCCUCCACACGACUGCAGCACUGCAUAGUUUUCUUAAAUAAUAUUUGUAAGGAAAAACAAUAUACAUGUAUCACUAAAUAACGAAAACAUAUUUUAUCCUAUUCAAGUUUUAAUUUGAAUUUUGCUUUUUAUAUUUUAUUUGUAUAGCUAUAGGUCAUUUCAUUUUAUUUCAAUUUACGUUUUGUUGUAUUAUUUUAUUUAUAGGCAAAAAGUUAUUUGUAUCAAAACCGAAAUAGAACAAUAAAAAAAAAAAGUAAAAAAAAUCAAUGUUUCAUA